AUGGUCGUUGACCUGGACCGCUGCAAUGGCUGUCAGGCCUGCGUGGUGGCUUGCCAGGUAGAGAACAACCUGCCCAUUAAUGACAAGAACUCCUUCCUGCAAAAUCGGGCCUACGAGUGGAUCCGGAUUGAGCGGUACUGGGAGGGGGAUUACCCCAACAUCAAGGCUCGUUUCAUUCCGGUCCUGUGCCAGCACUGUGAGAACGCGCCCUGCGAACCGGUGUGCCCGGUUUUCGCAACCUACCACAACGACGAGGGACUGAACGUCCAGCUCUAUAACCGCUGUGUGGGCACCAGGUAUUGCAUCAACAACUGCCCUUACCAGGUGCGGUUCUUUAACUACUGGCACCCAAACUGGCCGGAGCGACUGCAGAAUCAGUUGAAUCCUGACGUAACGGUACGGACCCGGGGAAUCACCGAAAAGUGCACUUUCUGCAUUCAGCGCCUGCGCCGGGGACAGUUGCAGGUGGAGCGCCGGGGCGGCGGCACACUGAACGACAGCACGUUGAAUUCCGGCAACCACAUGCCGGCUUGCGUUCAGGCCUGCCCCACCAACGCUCUGACUUUCGGCGACCAGAACGAUGUCAACAGUCCCAUCAACCCCUACUUUGCGGAUGUUAACAAGUACGACGUUCACCACGAGCACGAACGAAAGACUCGCGGCUACCGUCUGCUGGAAGAAAUGAAUACCAAACCAAACCUGAUCUACCUGAAGAAGGUUGAUCCCAACGCGGCGAGCAGUGGCGGAAAUCAUGGCUAG